UUUCUUUAGCGGAUAUGGAUAUCGGAUGGUUCCGUUAUUGGCACGAUAAUACUACAAUGGUUCGUCAGUAAUCCAAAUUUACCGUAAAAAAUAAAAAUAAAUAAGAUUAUUACCAUUUUCAGGAUCUCCCCAACUAAUAAUUAUACCUUUCUCCAAAUUUAGACAUAUGUAAAAGCUAAAAACCAAACAGUGGGAUAAGGUUAAACCCAACUCACAGCAUUUGCAAACCACCUACCCCCACCAUGACGAAUUCUGUCAACGUAGCCGUGAUCGGAGCUGGCGUCGCCGGCCUAACCACCGCACGCGAGCUUCUCCGAGAGAACCAUCGAGUCACCGUCUUCGAAAAAUCAGGCCAAAUCGGCGGAACAUGGGUCUACGACAACCGAGUCGAAGUUGACGACUGUCUCCACCUCAACCCCAACAGAACUGUUGUUCACAGCAGUAUUUACAAAUCUCUGCGAACAAAUCUUCCUCGGCCACUGAUGGGCUUCUCGGACUUCUCACUUGAAGAGAAAACGUACGGUGAUCCGAGGUUGUUUCCCGGUCAUGAAGAGGUUUUAAAGUUUUUGAAGGAUUUUGCUAACGAGUUUGGAGUAGGUGAGGUGAUUCGGUUUAACUCGGAGGUGGUGCGAGUUGAGUCAGGGGUGGUGAGUUUGUGGUGGAGUGGAAGACGACGUAGGGUGGUUUGGUGGAGGAGGAUUUUGAUGCGGUGGUUGUUUGUAAUGGUCAUCAUACCGAACCACGAGUUGCCGAUGAUGUUCCUGGCAGGUAUCGAGAAAUGGUCACGCAAACAACUACAUAGUCACAAUUAUCGUAUUCCUGAACCAUACCGCGAUCAAAUAGUGGUAGUGAUCGGGAGUGGGGCUAGCGCAUUUGACAUAUCUCGAGAAAUCGCAACCACUGCAAAAGAGGUCCAUCUUUCUUCAAGAUCUUUAGACGUCAAGGUCACUAGAUUGGAUGGAUAUGAAAACAUUUGGCAACAUAUGAUGAUUAAACGUGUUUUUAAUGACGGAACAAUAGAGUUCCAAGAUGGAGACUCUAUCGUUGCGGAUGCUAUCUUACAUUGCACAGGGUACAAGUUCCAUUUCCCCUUUCUAAGAACAAAUAACAUGUUACAUGUUGAUGAUAAUUGUGUUGGACCACUAUACAAACAUGUUUUCCUUCCGCAACUCGCUCCUGGACUCGCGUUUGUUGGAUUAACCUUUAAUAAUGGCGUUAUCUUUCGAUUGCUUGAGUUGCAAGCAAAGUGGGUAGCACAGGCCUUGUCCGAGAAGAUAUUGUUGCCCUCGAAAGACGAGAUGUUGGCCGAUGUUUACAAAUUUUAUCAAGAAAUGGAUGAAAAUGGAAUCCCGAAGCGAAGGACUCAUUCACUAAGUUUUCAGUUUGAAUACGUAGAUUGGUUAGCUGAUCAAGUAGGAUUACAUGUUGAGGAUCGACUUAAGAAGAUGAUUAAGAAGCUUUUUGAGAAUUGGAUGGCCCGUCCUAAAGGUUACAGAGAUGCGUGGGUAUCAUAGUCUCCUCGAUAUUGUUGUUUUAAGAAGCGAUUAUUGAUUAACUUCGAUAUAUCGAAAGCAAAAAAUGGUAUACAAAUCAUUUUACCAAUAAGUAUAUUGUGUAAUGUUUUGAUUCAAGUGAAAAUUGACUGUAAGGGUGUUGUUAUUGGCCAA